GUCACCACCGCCAUAUUUCUUUCUUUCUUUCUUUCAUCUCUUUUUCCUAGGAACUUUUUAUGCUGGAGAUGUUAGAUGGUAAGCCUUGCUUUUUAUCCAAUCGGAUUUGACUUCAAUCGAAAACAUACGGCUGCAGCGGUUAUGUUACCGGGGACUCCAAAAGUUAUUUGAUACUGGAUAAAAAAAUUUCUUCUAGCAGAAUUGUUAAAAGCAAAGGAGGAUGUAUGCCAGUUAUGUGGGUGUCAAGAGUCUUAGGAUUACUGGAUAUACUUUGUCAUCCUUUCUAUAUGGUCGACAAGUGCAUAGUAAUGCUGAGCUUUUGAAUAAUUGCACUAAGGUGGAAAAUAAGAAUCCAAGAAAUAUGGAAUUGUUGAGAAUUGCUAGGAAACCUGUCGGUUAUCAACUGGAAAAACCUGGUCGUAACUACUGGCACAAAUUACAAUUGUCAAAGACAGGACGUCACGUUACAGCUGAGGUGAUUCACUUUCAAAAUGGUCCUGUAGUUUCUGCAUCAACCAUAGAAUGGUCUAUUAAGAAGCAGCUAUAUAGAUUAAAAGAUGCUUCUGCUUAUCAAAAUAUUGGACAAAUAUUGGCCAGACGUUGUCUGGAAAGUGGGAUAUAUUUUAUGAGAUGUGAUAUAAGAUCAUCUGAUGGGGAUAAAAUUAAAUUGUUUCUUAAGGAAAUAAAAAGGAAUGGUAUCACUUUACAAGAGCAUAAGUGCUACCAUAAUCCACAACCUUGGUCUUCCGAUAGACCAGAGAAACCUUGGGCAGUAGUAGAAUAAACUACAAAUUUUGAAAAAUUAUAUAGCAUUCUGAGGUUAUCCAAAUACACUAGACUUAUUUUGUAAAUAAUACACUAUUGCCGAUUCAUUAAACACAUAAUAAAAGUGAUGCAAGAUUUGAA